AUGGCAAAGACAGUCCAUUUCGAACCCCAUACCCCAAACCCAGACUCUGACUACCUCUUCCACGGCAGCGGCACCGUCUUGAAACCUUGCCACAUAAUCCGCUACAUCUACCCCUCCCUCUGUGACUACCCGCCAGGCUGUCUGCGUCUCCAACUGCCAUCCAACUCCUCUUCGCGCUCCCGGCCUCAAGGUUCCGGGUCCUGGGGCACCGACGGCCACACUUUUCUUAGCAUAACGAACGCGCAGAAACUAGCUCCGCACUCGGCUUCCUUUGCAGAAUGGUCAACACGGGAGUUGGAACGGGAUAGGAAGAGUAAGAAUGCAUUGGCGAGGGGCAUGGCGAGGAUGAGCUUGUAUGUGGGUAAUACGGUGUUGGAGGCGGGUAAGUUUCAACUAAGGAGAGGCGAGGUUAUGUGUUUUGUUGUUGUGAGGAGGAGCGUUGUUGUGCUUGAGGGGGGAGGAGGACAUGGGGAUAAGAAGGGGUUUGGGAGGGAAGAGGAGAGGUAUGUUAUCCCGUGUACGGAGUGGAGAGGGAUGAUGCCACCGAUGGUUGAAGGGAAGGAGUACGAUUGUUGGUGGAAGAAGAAGAAGAAGAAGAAGAAGAAGAAGAAGAAGAAGAAGAAGAAGAAGAAGAAGAAGAGGUGGGUAGAGAGGAACCUCUUUCAGGCAAGCUAUGAUCGGGCGUUUUUUCAUGCUCGGGACCAGAUGGAUAAUGUCCUUCAGAUGGCGCCGCCGCUAAUCAACUGGUACCCCAGACCCGACAUCGAAGCACUCGUCACCGUACACCGCGAUACUCCACCACCACGCGCACAGGCAAAAUACCUAGGCGACGCAUGCCCAGCCUGCAGCCGCACCUGGUUCACCGAGAGCGAAUAUGCGUGCCGCCUCCAUUGCGGCCACUUCCUCUGUCUUGAAUGCCUAACCCAGCACGUCGAUUCAAGUGCCGGACGAGGCAAAUUGCUUCCGGGCGAAACCGACCCGCUGACUAAAUUCUUCCGCUGCAUAGAAUGUAAAAGCAUAACAGCUCUCCUCGUCGACCGCACCGCCGUGACACGCCCCGACGAACUACACUGGUGGCGUUGGAAAAUCUGCAUGCGGCGUCUAGAAAAGGAAGCUUCAGAGUUCUGGCUUGUGAGACUCCAGACACUACCGCAUAGUGGGUGGUUCCGCGAUAUACCACAAGACUGGGAUACUGAUCGGCAGGUCAGGGAGAUCAGAGUCCAUGUCCGCUAUGAUGAUGCGGUAGCGUUUAUGCACGUGCCGAAGAGAGUUUGGGCAAUGUUGCCGUAUGGAUUUAGUUUGGACAAUCCUGUGGAGAGUUGCGAAGCGCUGGCGUUGGAGAAGUGUUUGAAAGGCGAGUUGAAGCGCCUUUCUGUUGAGCGCAAGUUGUUCAACACCAAGGAGAUUCUGGAUCAUAUGGCGAAUGUGGGAAGGGGUGCGUUGAAGCCUGUUGUUGUGGAGGAUGUGGGUGCGAGAUUGGGUAAUCCGGUAACGCCGCCGGGGUAUGAGGCGUAUCGCGAUUUCUUGUGUGAGUGGACUGCGAGAGGGGUGCUCAUGUGUCCAAUGGGACGGAUGCCGAUUCUGGAGUUUUUGAGAAAUAUGGACAAGGAAGGGAACAAGAAGAGGGCUUGGUGGAAGGACGUGCGGGAUGUCUUCUUUGAUUCGUAG